AUGGCCAUGGCUGAGGGCCUGAAGGAGGUGGUGCAGGAGAGCUACCAGGACCAGAUCGAGCUCCUGGCCGGCCUGCUGCGCGACGGCGGGGUGCCUAUCGUGGAGCCGCCGGGCGGCCACGCCGUUUACGUCGACGCGGCGCGCUUCCUGCCCCACGUGCCCGGCCGCCAGUUCCCCGCCCAGGCGGAGCUCGGGCCGGCCCUCACCGCGGCGCUGUACACGGAAUCAGGGGUGCGGGGCGUCGAGAUUGGCAGCUCCUGCUUCGGCCACACCGACCCGGCGACCGGCGAGUUCGUGCCCGCACGGCUGGAGCUGCUGCGGCUCGCGGUCCCGCGUCGGGUCUACACAGACAACCACAUGCGCUACGUCGCCGCGGCAUUGGUGCGCCUUUACCGCCGCCGCGAGUCCCUGGGCGGCCUGCGGCGCGUGUACGCCACCAAGCUUCUCUCCCACUUCACUGCGCGCUUUGAGCCCGCGGUCGCUGCGGCCACUGCGGCCGGCGGCCGCGGCGCGCCGGCCAAUGGUGUGGAGGCAGGCGGCGUCGCGGCGCGCGCGCGGUCGGCCUUCGCGGGCGAUGCCGAGGCUGAGCUGAAAUGCGCGGAGGCGAACGGUGCUUGA